AUGGCCUCGAAAAGGCACCAAGAGUCGGGGGCGGAAAAAAGAAAAAAGAAGAAACAGCGGGAUGAUACUCGCGCGUCGCUUGCAGGGUCAAUGCUGAAAUACAUGCAACCAACUCAAGGCCAGGAGGAACAACCUUCAACCAGCAGUUGCACCCAGGAACACCAGCCACCAACCAGCUCAGACUCUGCAACAGCACCUAGCCCAGAUACAGAUACAAGUCUGCACACAACUGCAUCCGCUUCUCAAAGCAGAGUGAGUCCUGUCACUGAGGGGCCAAGUGAUACUGCAGAGCCAUAUGUGCCCCCUCCAAAUGAUCCUGCUCUAUGGUCAGCUCACAUCUUAGAUGCUGAUCGUGUGGAAAUUGUGCGGAGAGGGCCUUUUAAAGUCAGCUCUGAUUUUAAUUUCCCUAAGGGACCGGAUGGAAGAGCAUUUCAUACUAGCCUCCAGUUCAAAGUUCUCCCAAAUGGAGAAAAGGUGCACAGGAGCUGGGUAGUGUACUCUCCACAGAACAAUGCUGUGUUCUGCUUUGCAUGCAAGCUUUUUAGCACAAAAGAUAUAAAGCUGACUGCUGAGGGCCACAGUGAUUGGUCUAACAUCAACACCAGUUUGAGGGGUCAUGAGUGUAGCCAAGAUCACACACAGUGCAUGCUCAAGUGGAGAGAACUGGACACACGGCUAAAGAAGGGCAUGGCAAUAGAUCAGCAGGAGUUGACACUACUGGAGGCAGAAAGGAAAAGAUGGCGAGAGAUUCUCAAACGCUUGCUCUCAAUCACUCUCUCACUGGCCUCAAGAAAUUUGUCUUUUAGAGGCUCUUCUGACCGUCUUUAUGAGUCAGACAAUGGCAACUUCUUGAAGGAAGUAGAGCUUAUGGCAACAUAUGACCCUGUAAUGGAAAAUCAUUUGGCCAGAAUAAAAGAUGAGAGUUCCCACACACAUUACCUCAGCCAUGAGAUCCAAAACGAACUAAUUCAGAUCGUCUCUUCAGAGACACUACGCACCAUUGUGAGACAAAUCCAUUUGGCCAAAUAUUUCUCCAUCAUUCUUGACUGCACUCCAGAUGUGAGUCACAAGGAACAGAUGUCAGUCAUAGUGCGCAUUGUCUGUUUCCAACUGCAACCAGACAUUAAAGAAUACUUUCUAGGAUAUAUUGAUGUGGAGAAAACUACUGGCCUUAACCUGUCCAAUGUUGUCCUUGAGAAAUUGAAGGAGCUUGGCAUUCCUUUUGAAAAUUGUCGAGGACAGGCCUAUGACAAUGGAGCCAACAUGAGAGGGAAGAAGCAAGGUGUUCAGACAAGACUGCUACAGUUGAACCCAAGAGCAUUGUUUGUCCCUUGUGGAGCUCACACUAUGAACCUUGUCAUAGCUGAUGCUGCCAAGUCCUCACAAGAUGCCACUGGCUACUUUGGGUAUUUGCAGAAGCUGUUCAAUUUCUUCUCCGGUGCCACCCAGCGAUGGUCCAUUUUAACAAAACAUGUUAAACUCACUCUGAAAUCUUGGAGUGACGUUAGAUGGGAGAGUAGGCUUCAGAGUGUAACAGCUGUCCGAAAUCAAACAAAGGAAGUGAGAGAUGCUCUCCUGGAGGCAAGGGAGGCUGUUAAUGAUCCAGUGGCAAAAGUGGAGGCUCAAGCUCUUGCUGAGGAAGUAGCCUCAUUUCGUUUUGUGAUUUGCUCUGUUGUAUGGUGUGAACUACUUACCAUUACAAACCAGGUGAACAAGCUACUGCAAUCCAGUUCCAUGCAGCUUGAUGUUGCUGUCAGGCUCAUUGACAGUACCAAAAUCAACCUCUCCAAAUACAGACAAUCUGGGUUUGAUGAGGCUGUGUCAACUGCCAAGGAACUCUGUGAGGCCCUGAAUAUAGAAACAGAGCUUAAGGAGAAAAGGGUCAGGAGCACAAAAAGGCACUUUGCAUACGAAGCUGCUGAUGAGCCCCUCAAUGAUGCCCUUAAAAAGCUUGAAGUCACAUUUUUCAAUUGUGUCGUGGACUCUGCUUUAAUGUCCCUACAGGAGAGGUUUGAGACCAUGAAUCAAGUCAAAGAAAAAUAUGGAGUUCUGCUUGACUUCAGUAAAGUGAAUGGAAUGUCCAAGGAGGACUUGAAGAGACACUGCAAUGAAUUCCAAAAGACAAUGACGGAUAAGGAACUGGCUGACGUUGAUGGACCUGAGAUGAUGCAGGAAAUCAUCAACCUUCCUCAGCUUUCACCACAGACAUCUGCCUUGGACAUGCUGACAUUUCUGCAUAACAAUGGGCUUCAAGAGGUAUAUCCCAAUCUGUGGAUUGCUCUUCGUAUUGCACUGACUCUCCCUGUCACAGUUGCCUCUGCUGAGCGAAGCUUUUCAAAGCUCAAACUCAUCAAAACGUACAUGCGUUCAUCAGUGGGGCAGGAACGUUUAAGUGGUCUGGCUGUCAUCAGCAUCGUGGCUCAGAAACUGUCAUACGAUGACCUGAUAGCUGAUUUUGCAGCAAGGAAAUGUAGGCGUGUGCCUCUGUAG